AGCCCGAGGUCUGGCUGCGCGCAGUAUAUGACAGUACGUCAGCAGCGGGAUGGCCGUAGCUGUGGCGGCGGCUGCAGAAGCCCGAGCAGCCGCGGCCGCAGUGGAGCCUAGAGCCCGAGCGGCGUCGGCGGCGGCACCCGGGGGAGUUUAAGAUGGCGGCAGGGGGGGCGGCGGGCCUGCGGGAGGAGCAGCGCUACGGGCUGUCGUGCGGGAGACUUGGACAGGACAACAUCACCGUACUGCAUGUGAAGCUCACCGAGACGGCGAUCCGCGCGCUCGAGACCUACCAGAGCCACAAGAAUUUAAUUCCAUUUCGACCUUCAAUUCAGUUCCAAGGCCUGCAAGGGCUUGUCAAAAUUCCUAAAAAUGAUCCCCCCAAUGAAGUGCAUACCUUUAACUUCUAUUUAUCAAAUGUGGGUAAAGACAACCCUCAGGGCAGCUUUGACUGCAUCCAGCAAACCUUCUCCAGCUCUGGAGCUUCCCAGCUCAAUUGCCUGGGAUUUAUACAAGAUAAAAUUACAGUGUGUGCAACAAAUGACUCGUAUCAAAUGACACGAGAAAGAAUGACCCAGGCAGAGGAGGAAUCCCGCAACCGAAGCACAAAAGUUAUCAAACCUGGUGGACCAUAUGUAGGGAAAAGAGUGCAAAUUCGGAAAGCACCUCAAGCUGUUUCAGAUGCAGUGCCUGAGAGGAAAAGGUCAACCCCCAUGAACCCUGCAAAUACAAUUCGAAAGACACACGGCAGCAGCAGUGUUUCUCAGCGGCCAUAUAGGGACAGGGUGAUUCACUUACUGGCACUGAAGGCCUACAAGAAACCUGAGCUGCUGGCUCGACUACAGAAAGAUGGUGUCAAUCAGAAAGACAAGAACUCCCUCGGAGCAAUUCUGCAACAGGUAGCCAAUCUGAAUCCCAAGGACCUUUCAUACACAUUAAAGGAUUAUGUUUUUAAAGAGCUUCAGAGAGACUGGCCUGGAUACAAUGAAAUAGACAGACGGUCAUUAGAGUCAGUGCUCUCCAGAAAACUAAAUUCAUCUCAGAAUGCUGCCAGCACCAGCCGUUCAGAAUCUCCUGUUUGUUCUAGCAGAGACUCUGCAUCUUCUCCUCAGAAACGGCUUUUAGAUUCAGAUUUCAUUGAUCCUUUAAUGAAUAAAAAAGCUCGAAUAUCUCACCUGACAAAUAGAGUGCCACCAACAUUAAAUGGUCAUUUGAAUCCCUCCAGUGAAAAAUCUGCUGCAGGCCCCCCGACGCCCCCUGCAGCCGCUGCCAUCCCCACCCCUCCACCGCUGCCUUCAACCCACCUGCCUGUCUCCAAUCCUCCUCAGACUGUAAAUUCUAACUCCAAUUCCCCUAGCACUCCAGAAGGCCGGGGGACUCAAGACCUACCUGUUGACAGUUUUAGUCAAAACGGUAGGAUCUAUGAGGACCAGCAAGACAAAUAUACCUCUAGGACUUCUCUGGAAACCUUACCCCCUGGUUCAGUUCUACUAAAGUGUCCAAAGCCUUUGGAAGAAAACCAUUCGUCUCACAAAAAGUCCAAGAAGAAGUCUAAAAAACACAAGGAAAAGGACCAAAUAAAAAAGCAUGACAUUGAAAUGAUUGAGGAAAAGGAAGAAGACCUUAAAAGAGAAGAGGAAAUUGCCAAGCUGAACAAUUCCAGUCCAGAUUCCAAUGAAGGAGUUAAAGAGGGUUGCACUGCCUCCACCGAGCCUUCUUCAACAAUUGAACUCCCGGAUUAUUUGAUAAAAUAUAUUGCCAUUGUCUCCUAUGAGCAACGCCAGAAUUACAAGGAUGACUUCAAUGCUGAGUAUGAUGAGUACAGGGCCUUGCAUGCCAGGAUGGAGACAGUGGCUAGAAGAUUUAUCAAACUGGACGCACAACGAAAGCGCCUUUCUCCGGGCUCAAAAGAGUAUCAGAAUGUUCAUGAAGAAGUCUUACAGGAAUAUCAGAAGAUAAAGCAGUCUAGUCCCAAUUACCAUGAAGAAAAAUACAGGUGCGAGUAUCUUCAUAACAAGCUGGCUCACAUCAAGAGACUAAUAGGUGAAUUUGACCAACAGCAAGCAGAGUCAUGGCACUAGAACUCUGCUUGGACCAGAAGAUGUGAAUAAACUUAAGCUUAUUUAUUUAAAAUUCCAAAUGAGUUGCUCUCAAAUUCUAAAACAUGAAACUUCGCCUGUUGAAAGUUUCAGUAUUAGUAAACUUGAGUUUUGUUUUUUGUUUUUUUUUUUUUUCUAUUUUACUUUGCUUCCUUGCAUUUUUGAAGCUGCUUUUUUCUGGUCCUCUUUUCCCCCUUAAGACUUGUGUUUGUCAAUAGAAAUAAUUUUUUUUUAAGAUAUUGAAGAUCCAGUGUCUAUACUUCAAAUCAAUUUUUUUCCUUAAAAAACUGUGUUUGUCAUUAGAAAUGAUUUUUUUUUUUUUUUUUUUUUUUUUUAGAUAUGGGGGAUCCAGUGUCCACACUUAAGUUAUGUGUUUAAAAAAAAGAAAAAAAAGUCAUGUGCAAGGUGAAAUGCUUUUGGAUAAACAUAAGCCUAUUUUCUGACCUUUCUUAAUGCAAACUCUUUGCCUUAAAUGGUAGAAUAUUUAGAAAUUUGCACAAAAUACAAAAAAAAAUUAAAACAUUGUUUUGGAGGGUUAAGAAAUAGGUAUAUGAGUAUGUGUGUGUGUGUGUAUAGAUCUAUAUACACAUAUGUAUAUAGGCUGACUUGAUCUAGAACAGUAAAUCCGCCCUGCAAGUUAACCCCCCAUUGCAAUGGUUGCCUUAAGGUGUUUGCUAGUUGUGUACCUAGUGUGGUUUAUCAUUAGCUACACUGCUUCCCACUUGAUGAGAGCAAUGGGAAGCACACUGUGGCCUACCAGCGUCUGAAAACGUGUGCUCGACCUGUAUGUGUGCAGAGGUGGUGUGGGUGUGAGCGUGCAUGGAGGAAAAAAAGCUGCUACUCUCAGUAGGCCAAACGCUCAGGUGAAACAACUGACGAGUGUUACUGUAGGGUUUGUUUUGUUUUGUUUUGUUUUUUCUGUCAAAUUGCUACUUCUAUUGUGGAAGACAAAAGCAUUUCCAUUUCAACAGUUUGUCAGCUUUAUUAAUGUUGGGCAAAAUUGAUGUUAUGAAAAUGAAACAGAUCUAUAGUUUUGGGGCAAAAUUAUAAAAUUAAACAUGUAGGUAACCUAUUUAUAUACUUCUAUAAAGUAUUUUUUGAAGAGAGAUAUGCAAAGAAGCUAUUACCUACAUGAAAUGUAUAUUUAAAGAUUUUUUUUUCAUCCUGGGUGCCAGGAGUAUAAAAAAGAGCGGAUAUAUUUAACCAUAACAUACUGUGAUUCAUCAAACAGCACAAACUUUCAUUUCAUGGAGUUUAUCUGUUGACGUUGAUUUAAACUAUCAUUUGUUUUAUCAUGUGGGAACAUAAGUUAUGUGGUCAUAAGUAUAAGGAUUUUGAACUAAUGUUGAUUCAAGUUGUGUUGUCAUGUUGUAUUGUUUUUUCCAAGUGCUGCCAGUUUAAAAGGGAAGCAUUAUGUUUACAAAUAUGUUUUGAAAUGUUUGCCAAAAUCUUGGUGGUAUCUUAAAUAAAGAUGUUUGUCUCCAGCAUCCAAAAAAAUAAAUAAAUAACUUUGUUGUGUAUCGCUGUAAACCAGAAAAUGUUGGUAUCUAGAAAACCUGAGACAGCAUGUGGAUGAAACUUUCCCUUUGGAGUUCUUCUAAAACAUUAACAGGAAAGAGUAGAUGAUACAGUAAAAGUAUGCUAUCUCAAAAGACUGAAACAAGACCCAGUGCCCUAGAACUCUGUAACGUUACUACAGAAAUUUGAUUUCUAUGUAGCAUGGACCUCCUAGGGAAUUCGAUUUUCUUUUGGCAUUGAGAUCCCUGGUGCUCUUCCUUUUACCUCAGAAUUGGUACAAUCAUUAUUAAGUGUUCACUGAUUUCAAACUUUUAGUUGGAAAAACAAAAUAGGAAAGGACACUUAACUGAGGAUAAAUAUGAUCCUCACAUCAUUAUGGUGGAAUUUCCAGAGGAACUUGUCUAUAGGUACUGGUGUCAUUUCUUGGACAUCGCAGCCUUUUAAUCAUCGCUAGUGUGCUGCUACUUGCUAUGAGUGGUGUUUCUCAAAAGCAAGGUGCUUGCACCACUUGCAUAUCCCAAAUUGGAAUCUCUAGGGAUAGGGCCCACGUAUCUACAUUUUCGUAAGUAAUCCCCAAAGUGACUUUUGCGAGCUAAAGUGUGAAAACCACUAGCUUGGAAGUAACACUAAACCUUUAGGUCUCUAAAUUUCCAUGCCUUGAAGUGAAAUUGAACUACUGGCUUUUUUUUUAAAGCCCAUCCCUUUCAGCAGGUGCAAAUCACUUUCCCCCUCUACAUCAUAUGAGGCACCCUCUCAAUUGUUUCACUGCCAACUCUUAUUUCAGAACUUGUUUACAAACAAGCCAAGCCUUCCAGUUGGUUAGCUCUUAGCCCUUGGAGCUCCUACCCACCUACAUCAGCACAUCUUCUGGUUUACAAAUUGGGUAAUAAUGGAAGCUGGAGAUGCUUUAUGAAAAUCCAGCAUUGCACACCCAUAGACUUGACCACCUACCUAUAAAAAGCCUUAAUUUAGAUGUUCCUUGUGUACACUGGGAAGAUCCUUGCAAAAUGUGUAUCUGUCAGUUGCAAAUAUGAGAGCUGUAAAUCUCUGAAUCUGCUAUUACCUGAGGCUGCAUCUCUUUUGAAAAAUGGGCAUGAGCCUAUUAAAAUAUUUAUAAUCAUUCUUCAUCUCCUACUGCAAGGUUUUUUAGAGUCUCUCAAAUAACUGCUGCAGGAAUGGGUGGCCACUUAGUAUCAGUUACUCUGGUAGAAUUUAUUUAGGUGUUUGUUUUUUGUUUUGUUUUUGAGAGAGAAAUAGUAAGUGUAAAUUAGCAUUGUCAAAAAUGAGUUGUUCUUAAUUGUUCAUCACAUUUCAUUAAAAUAAUCUGAAGCACUCUUGAAGGUUUUUUUUUUUUUUACCAAUACCCAUAAAUUUAACUCCAGAUUGAAUGAACAGCUGGUUUAACAUAAACCAAAAACAAUAUUAACUAGAUGUGGUUUUAUUUUAUGUGAGGAUUUCAUGUCCUACCUUGUUGGUUAUUUUUAGAGGGGUUAAUUUUCAGUACUUAAGUAGUUACAGUACUUGUUCUCACAAAAGUAAUUGGUGUGGUCAGUUGAUAUCAUUGAUCCAUGCAUUGAUUAUCAAAAUCCAGUAUUAAUUUUCCUUCAUUUCCAACCUAUCUUCUAAGCUUUAGAAAGGUUUUCUUUUCCCUUAAAAUAUUUCACCUUAUUCUGUACAGCAAAUGUAUAUUUUCCUGUUUGAAGCAAGAUGUUGAAAGGAGGUUUAGACACAAAUGGUCCAUCAGUUCCAACACUCGGCUUGGUUGCCUUACCCCUUCCAUUAGUGCAUCCUUUGCUUCUGGAACUUGGCUGAAAUCUUCAGCCAAGCUCAUUGUCUUUCUGGGAGUGUGAGUGUGGAGUCACAUAUGUGUGGUUUUUGCCUUUACUACUUUUGAAGUUCUUACAGGUUAUGACUUGCCUAAGUGUUACUAAAUCCUUUUCUUGUGUCCUGGAUGGGGAAAAGGUAUAGCCAGCGCUUUGAGAGGGACAUUUUGGGAAAAGAUAUUAACUGACACAACUAAAUGAAGGCAACAGAAGAUGUUAUCAAUGCUCUUUGUAACCUGAAAACUGAAUAAGGCUCUGAGGCUCAUUCAAAAUAUUUUGAAGUGUUUAAAAAUAUGUAUGUAUAUAUAUACAUAUAUAUACAUAUAUAUAAUAUACGCUGUUUCUCAGCUGUUCCACCCAAACCAUGUUAGGAAGGUAAAAUGUCACGGGGACUUUUCAGUUGUUAACUGAGCUCAGCAGCUAUGGUGGCCCAUGUUGUUCUACAUCAAUUUCAGUUCAAUAAAAAUGUUAACUUUGCAA